GACCACACACACACACAGGCACGCACUACCCUUUUUCCUCUCCUCUAUAUAACUGCAGCCUCGUUGCCUCAAUCAUCACUUUUUUCCACUUUGAUUUCAAUACUUCCACACUAGGGAAAACCCACAAAUCUAAGAGCAAUUACUGCAAUGGGUGAGAAGAACAAGAACAGUGAAGGAGAGCAGAAGGAGGGUGAGAACAAGAAGAAAGAGAAUGGGGGAGGGAAGAACAAUGUCACGGUCGUGUUGAAGGCCGACUUGCAUUGUGAAGGCUGCGCUUCCAAAGUCAUUAAAUGCAUUCGCUCUUUUGAUGGCGUGGAUACAGUGACGAUGGGGGAUGGGCAGACGAUAAUGGUUGUGGGGGAGGUGGAUCCGGCGAAGCUCCGGGAGAAGGUGGAGCAGAAAACGCACAAGAAAGUGGAACUCAUUUCGCCACAGCCCAAAAAGGACGGCGACAAAAAGGAGAAUGGCAAAGGCAAAGAGAACAGCGGCGGCGACAAUGCCAAACAGGAGAAGAAGAAAGAAUCCAAAGACAAAAACUCAAAUGAUAAAUCCGAUGAGAAAAAGUCCAAGGAAAAGGAGCCCCCCGUUGUCACGGCGGUGUUGAAGGUGAAUUUGCACUGCGAUGGAUGCAUUCAGAAAAUUUACAAAACCGUCGCCAAAACCAAAGGGUACCAAGACAUAAAGAUCGACACGCAAAAGGACCUGGUGACAGUGACCGGCUCUAUGGACAUGAAGGCUCUGGCUGAGUUGCUCCAAAAGCAACUGAAGAAGGAUGUGGAGAUUGUGCCCCCGAAAAAGGACGGGGAGAAGAAAGAGAAAGGCGGAGGCGCUGCAGGUGGCGGCGACGGGGGUGAUGAGAAGAUGGAAGGAAACAAGAUGCAGUCGCAGCCAGUUGUGUACCCGUACCCAUUUAUGUACGGGCCGAGUAUUGUCGGGGAUCAGUUUCAUUACAACCCAUAUGCUGCCGGACCAUACCAGUACCACGCCCCUCAAAUCUUCAGCGAUGAGAACCCCAACUCUUGCAGCGUCAUGUGAGAGGAGUAAAAUGUAAAUAAAAGAAUGUUGUCGGCUAAGGUUUUAACAAGAAUAUGUUGUUGUAAUCAAUUUUGAUAAUAUUUAAUUUGGAAAAUUAAUUGUUUAGUUUAUGUGGGUGUAGUGGACAUAGCAACGUGCUCAUGAUUGCACGAGGGUUUGAUUAGUCAACUUUUGUCAAUUUGCAAAUUAAUUAUGAUAGCUCUUCAUCAUUUGUGGUGGAGUUAUGUGGAAAAGGGAUCACAA